AUGGCUGAACUCGAUUGCGGCCGGCUUUCCCUUCCUCUUGAAUCCGCACCGGGACCCGACAUGAUACAUGGAGAGGCACUGCGACACCUUGGAAAAUGUGCGAAACACUCUGUCCUGACGCUCUUCAAGAAGGAUCUGCGCACUGGCGUAGUUCCGCAAGGCUUGAAGAAAAGGUUCGCAAUCCUGGUUUUCAAACAGGGGAAAAAAGCGAUUCGCAUAGAGCCGCACAGGCCAGUAAAGCUCACAGGUGGCCUCUUCAAACCCACAGGGUGUACAAUUGCAGAACGCAUUAGCGGUGAUGAUAUAGGGGCCCCCUUAUGCUAA